AUUAAAUUUCGUUUAUUUAUUUUUCUUUUACUGUAUAUAAUGUACGCUUAUUGUAAGAGGCCAUAUAAAAUAACUCUUUUGGACGCAGAAGUAGUAUCAUUUGACGAAUCCUUAAUGGGUAUGGAGUAUUUUAAAGUAGAAAACUAUAAAGGUUUCAAUUAUUUAAGUGCAAAAUAUUCAGUUAAGUCGGAGGAGGUUAAUCGAGUAAACCUGAAAGCAAUUGUUAACAGUAAAACAAAUGGAAAAUUAACAAAAUUUUUUGAAAUAAGCAAGCCAUUAUGUGAUUUCAUAAAAACGGAUGUAUUUUUCUACAAAGAUAUACCAACAUUUGGCAAUUUACCGCGUAGCUGUCCCAUAGAAUUGGGUGAGUAUAGGAUCAAUAAUUAUACUGUGAAUUUAAAUCGAUUUCCAGCAAAUUUACCAUUUACGAAAUUGUAUGCGAAUGUGGACUUUUUAUUGGAUAAUAAAUCAAUAUCUAAGAUAAAACUAGAAAUAGCCAUUGAAAAAGCAUAA